CCUGGCCGGGCCGGCCCGCCGCCCCGGCCCCGGCCCUGCAGCUGGGGGCCGCGGCCGCCGUUUCGACGCGCGAUCUGGGGAGUGUAUGAGAGGAGGGCCGGCCCAUCCCGGGGCCUUCAGGGCCUGGCUCUGAGGAUCGCACGCCCUGCCCCGGGCCCCUCGCCUUGGGCCUCUUCGCCGCCCCCCAGAGAGGAAAGCGGGGCCGAGGAGAGCAGACGGUGAUGGGAGGAGGGCCUUGGGCUUCCUGACCCACACGCACCUGCCGAGGCCCGGACAGAGCGCUCGCUGGCGUGGGACAGCCAACUGAGGACAGACAGAAACCUCUAAAAAAUAAUAAUAGUAGUAAUAUAGGUGUUGGUAAAUCAUGCUUAUUGCUACAGUUUACAGACAAGAGGUUUCAGCCAGUACAUGACCUUACUAUUGGUGUAGAGUUCGGUGCUCGAAUGAUAACCAUUGAUGGGAAACAGAUAAAACUUCAGAUUUGGGAUACAGCAGGGCAAGAGUCCUUUCGUUCCAUCACAAGGUCAUAUUACAGAGGUGCAGCAGGGGCUUUACUAGUGUAUGAUAUUACAAGAAGAGACACAUUCAACCACUUGACAACCUGGUUAGAAGAUGCCCGCCAGCAUUCCAAUUCCAACAUGGUCAUUAUGCUUAUUGGAAAUAAAAGUGAUUUAGAAUCUAGAAGAGAAGUAAAAAAAGAAGAAGGUGAAGCUUUUGCACGAGAACAUGGACUUAUCUUCAUGGAAACUUCGGCUAAGACUGCUUCUAAUGUAGAAGAGGCAUUUAUUAAUACAGCAAAAGAAAUUUAUGAAAAAAUCCAAGAAGGAGUCUUUGACAUUAAUAAUGAGGCAAAUGGCAUUAAAAUUGGCCCUCAGCACGCUGCUACUAACGCCACGCACGCAGGCAGUCAGGGAGGACAGCAGGCCGGUGGGGGCUGCUGUUGAGUCUGCUUUUACUGUCUCGCUGCCCAGAAGGGGCUCCUCACCUAUUCUUUCACCCUCUCCUCCUGCUCAGCUGAGACAUGAAACUUCCAAAUGGCUUUAUGUCACAGAAGAAGACUUUAAUCCUUCAGAUUCUUGUAUAACUUUGAAUAAAUGGUUAAUGUUCACUUAAAAAGACAGAUUUUGGAGAUUGUAUUCAUAUCUAUUUGCAUUUGAUUUCUAGGUCAAUUGAUGUGAUUAUUUUUGUUAAAUGUUGUCUUGUGCCCUUACCUACGAACUGAAUUGUAUUGAACACUACAAAGUCAUCUUGAGUAUUUUAAAUCGGUUUGUGUAGUUAGGUUUCCCCACACCUGUGGUUACCUAAUGUUUAAUAUUAUAGAACUGUCCUCAAAAGUUUGUCAAUUUUCAAGGCUAUAAGGAAAACCGAAGGACUCUUUUAAUUCUGUAUUUAUCAUUUACUUUCUGUAUAUAUAGUUUAAUAACCUGCUUGGGUGUAAUUUGCCAAGCUUGAAUUCUUUAAUGCAUUUGCAUAAAUUCUAUACUGUUUAGAGCUUAAAGCUACAGAAGCAUCAUUAGGAAUUGCUUGGACACUGAAUUUUAAACUUUUUGACAUUGUUAACAAGCAUGUUCAUCUUUUUCUUGUCACUAGUCCGAGAGAAAUAUGCUUAAUGUACAUUCUAAAGGCUAUGUAUGUGUUAACCUGUUUUAAUGCCAAAAGUUUGCUGUUUGUCCACAGUUUCUUUAAGACCUCUUCGGAAAAGGAUUUGUUUGCCUUAAUGCAUACUGUUGGGUAAAAACACAGUAUAAUGAGUGAGGUGGGCGGAAGAAAGAACUCCCUCUGCCUGAGCGGCUCCAGGAGGAAUGAGUGUCCACAUUUAGACGGCACAUUAUGAGGACUUUAAUCUUUCCUUGAACACAAUAAUGUUUUCUUUUUCUUUUAUUCACAUGAUUUCUAAAUAUAUUUUUCACGCAGGACAGUUUUUCAACCUUGAUGUACAGUGACUGUGUAAAAUUUUUCUUUCAGUGGCAACCUAUAAUCUUUAAAAUAUGGUGAGCAUCUUGUCUGUUUUGAAGGGGAUAUGACAAUAAAUCUACCAGAUGGAAAAUCCUGUUAAAAGUAGAAAAGCUUUAGUAAUUUGCUCAGUGUGGUGGUUUUAUCCUUCUUUUUCUUUUUCUCCCUUGGACUAUAAUGAAGUUGUUACAGCAGUGCAAAAUAAAAUCCUAUGUAUAAAAGUGUUCUUUUUUUUUAAAUGACCACAUCAUUUUUUAAGAAUUAAUUUUUCAGUCCACCCACAGCUUUUACAUGUAUUAAAGCACAUUUUUUUUAAAGGGUCAGGAUGUUUAACACUACCCUUUUUAAAAAUUUUGCUAGAAUGUGAUAAAAAUCUUUUUACCGUAUUGAAAUUCUUUUUGUUAUUGAUGAUGUACGCAAGUAUUUUAAGUAUGAAACUAACUACUUUGAAUCCACUCACUGACUUCAGCUUUCUACCGGUCUUUCCUGAAGAUUCAGCAGUGCUCUGUCAAAGCUUUGACAUUACUCUUGUGGGAAGUCACCCAAUGCUAUCUUCGUUUUUUGCUUUAACUAGCUCCUAGAGGCCAGAGGGAAAGGUGAGGGGAAAUCGAGUUUCUUGAGUAUUUUUAUUUUAAACUUUUUUUUUCCCUUAAAGUGGUCUUAUCAAAUUCACUGAUCUUACCAUUCACUCUCAUUAGUGGUGAGUAGGACAAGUUAAGACAACUAGGACUUGUUCUGCUCUGUACCAGGAAGAGGAUGAUUCUUUGGGAACUGUUACUUUUAAACUGCUGUUAAUUUUUCCAGAAACUUGAUGUGUUUCUUUUCCAUGCUGUCUCCUCUAAUUCUUUUAUAAAUCAAGUGUAAGAAGAGAAAGUCAUGGGAAAAGCAAACAACAACCAAGCACAUGUAUUUUAAUAACCUAAGAAGAGCUGGAGCCCUCAAGUGCAGCCCCUGCACAGCAGCCUUAACCUGCCUCGGCUUUGGGCCACAGGGGCGGGUAGAGGACUUCUCUGUAGUUGUCACCACUUUCUCUACAAAUUUCAUCUGCCAUUAAGGAACAAAUGUGAUGAAUCCUUUACGUCAGUCGACAAAACACUGUUACUGUCUGGUUUCUACUCUGCUGUUCUAUUACCCUUGUCACAAAUAAUGUAAUAGUGGCCCUUGGAACCGAACCCUUUAAUAUGGUAAUUAAGUCUUUAAAUGAUCUUUGGUCAAUUUUGGUAGCACCCUAUGGACAUGUUUUAAGAGCUAGAAAAUCAGUCACUAAAAAAUAAAUAAAACUUUUAAUGUCUCAACAUGUAA